CAGCAGCCCGGUGACAGCUGAGCCCGCGGGGAUUCACGCCACAGCUCCAGACGACUUUACGCUACGACACAGACUUAACCACGACAUUCUUCAACUCCCCGGCAGAAGCCUCCACGCAGCUCCGCACUCAGACUCCGUGUUCAUCCUCCUCCGUGUCGUCCUCCAUCGUCGUUUGAACCCUGCUGCCCUCGUCCUCUCUCCGCCGAACCCACCGAGGAGCAGCCUGCUAGCUUCGGUUAGCUCCAGCCGGUUCCAACCCAACUGUCAGCCGGUGGUUUGUUAUUCUUAGUCCCGGUCACACACACACGCACGCAGGCAGCAUGGCGGAGCCGGCCGCGGAGGCGAAGCUGGAGGUGAAGCAGGCGAGCAAGGAGGUGAAGGAGAGCGAGAACGUGGCGGAGAAGUACUCAGCCAUGACCGUGAGCAAGAACAGCGAGAUGAACCUGGGAGAGCUGUCCGCUGCGUUCAGCGCCGUGCCCACUCACAAGCCCGGGAAGAAGCAAAUCCAGUUUGUGGAGGAUAAGCAGGAGUUCAGCAGGUUCCCCACCAAGGCAGGACGCCGCUCCCUGUCCCGCUCCAUCUCUCAGUCCUCCACAGACAGCUGUGGCUCUGCUGCUUCGUAUACGGACAGCUCUGACGAUGAGACGUCCCCACGAGACAAAACACAGGUCAACUCCAAGGGCAACAGCGACUUCUGUGUCAAGAACAUCAAACAGGCUGAAUUCGGCAGACGUGAGAUUGAGAUUGCAGAGCAAGAUAUGUCUGCGCUGAUCUCUCUCAGGAAGCGAGCACAGAGUGAGAAACCAUUGGCAGGUGCCAAAAUAGUGGGCUGCACUCACAUCACUGCCCAGACUGCAGUGCUGAUUGAGACUCUGGUGGCCCUUGGGGCUCAGUGCCGCUGGACCGCCUGCAACAUCUACUCUACACAGAAUGAAGUGGCUGCUGCUCUGUCAGAGACAGGUGUGGCUGUGUUUGCCUGGAAGGGGGAGUCUGAGGACGACUUUUGGUGGUGCAUUGACCGCUGUGUCAACAAUGAGGGUUGGCAACCUAACAUGAUCCUUGAUGAUGGAGGAGACUUGACACACUGGAUGUACAAGAAAUACCCUAAUGUUUUCAAGAAGAUCAGGGGCAUCGUAGAGGAGAGUGUCACUGGGGUUCACAGGUUAUAUCAGCUGUCUAAAGCUGGGAAACUGUGUGUGCCAGCGAUGAAUGUAAAUGACUCCGUGACAAAGCAGAAGUUUGACAACCUGUACUGCUGCAGAGAGUCCAUCCUGGAUGGCUUGAAGAGAACCACAGACGUGAUGUUCGGAGGCAAACAGGUGGUCGUUCUUGGGUAUGGAGAGGUUGGAAAAGGUUGUUGUGCUGCUCUGAAAGCUCUGGGAUCCAUCGUCUCUAUUACAGAGAUCGAUCCCAUCUGUGCCCUGCAGGCCUGCAUGGAUGGAUUCAGGGUGGUCAAGCUGAACGAGGUCAUUCGCCAGGUUGAUGUCGUCAUCACAUGCACUGGGAACAAGAAUGUGGUGACCAGAGACCAGCUGGACCGAAUGAAAAAUGGCUCCAUUGUCUGCAACAUGGGACACUCCAACACUGAGAUUGAUGUGGCAAGUCUCCGGACCCCUGAGCUGACCUGGGAGAGAGUGCGCUCUCAGGUGGACCACGUCAUCUGGCCUGAUGGGAAGAGAGUUAUACUUCUAGCCGAGGGACGUCUGCUUAACCUCAGCUGCUCCACUGUCCCCACCUUUGUCUUGUCCAUCACAGCCACCACUCAGGCUCUGGCACUUAUAGAGUUGUACAAUGCUCCUGAGGGACGAUACAAGCAGGAUGUUUACUUGCUUCCAAAGAAGAUGGAUGAAUAUGUGGCCAGUCUCCACCUGACGACGUUCGAUGCUCACCUGACAGAGCUUUCUGAUGACCAGGCAAAAUACCUGGGCCUCAACAAGAACGGCCCUUUUAAACCCAACUACUACAGGUAUUAGUCUGCAGAGGAACCACCAGCACAGAUGAAUGUGGACAGUACCGGUCAUAAUCUAUCCCUAAGAAUUAAAAAAAAACAUUUAUGUGUAUUGUAUUUUAUACUGAUCACAGGAUGCACAGCUUAUAUUUAGAUGUAGUCCACUGAUCACAGUAGAAUUUAACUUCACCUGCAGCUUCCUACAGACGAUGGCACCCAACUACAGCCCUAAUAUCUGCUGUUUUUAAUACAUCUGUUUCCAUUGAUGACUCCCAGGAUAUUUGGAGUUCAGAUAUAUACUGAUCAAUAUCUUGUGCCAAAUGACAGAGAAGGAUUUCAGCUGUGAAAUGUUAAUGGUCUUUUAUGGAAACGGUUCAACCCUCAUCAAGUGACAUUUUUGAUAGAAGCAACGAUUCCUUCACAUAAUACUAAAGGCUCACACCCUCAAAGCUUUUUAAGACACUUUUAGCUAAUUGUUUUGGCUCUUUAUCAACGUCCUGUACGAAAACAUUGGGAGGCAUUUCAAGAUAAGAAACUUAGACAAUCUAGUACAAAACCACAGUGAGCCAGUGUUAACACCUCAUGAACAAAGUCAAAUGUUUUGCUCUUGUGUUGUUGGAUCCUGUCAGUGCUAAAAGUCCUGGGAAAACUGGACUUAAAUGGAUCAGGUGUCCGGAAAUAAGAUUAUGUUGACGUCACUGUGUCUGCUAGUAGGAAAAUGUUUGCUUACAAAUGAGCCAUAGCUACGUGAUAAGCUGAUUGUAAAUCAAUGCUGUGCAUCUGUGAGUCUCGUUUUGCAAAAUCGCUAAUUGCAGCUUUAAAGUUUUCUUUCUAUAGUUGACGUAUAUGCACAUAUUUACAUGAUACAUUCCAUCCACAAGAUGCAGAAAACGGGAUGUGGGAAAAUAAGAACUUCUGCACUUUUUGACUAUAGCAAACAUAAGAGGAGAGCUUGGCUUUUAUUUUCUUGAAAAGAUGUUUCCAUUUUUUGAGGUUUUAGUAUCUGGUUAGAAAAGUAAUCUGCACCUCAGGGUAUUCAAAUAUCUCAAAUUAUCUGUAAAUAUAUUUUUAUCACGUCUGCACUGUCUCACUGACUCUAAUCCCACUGUCAUUCUCAUAGAAUUACUAUUUAGAGUAAAGGUUUAAACUAAGUUUAGAUAUUUUGAUACUCUAUAAACUAUGUCAUCUGUGAAUUUUACCUGUCGAGAGUAAGUUGACUAUUCCAGCUUUGUAUAUGCUGUGUAAUGCACGUUGAGCAGUGUUGCAUACAGUAGGUCUAUUUACUGUAUGUGUUACAGUGUUUGAUGACCCACUCAAACAAUGGUAUUUGCUGAAAUGCAACACUGAUUUUGUUGUAAGAUUUGUCACAGGACUCUGAUCCUAGAGCUAGAGCAGUGGUUCCCAAACUUGGUGUCAGGAACUCCUGGGGGCUAGUGAGACAAAGAAGGAGUGUUUUGAGAUGAUUUCCAGAAAUACAAUACAACAUAAAAACAAUUCUCAGUAUGCUAUUUUCUCCAUAAUUGUUCCAAAAGCUAAAACGUACCUUCUGAUUUUCUUUGUCUCACUGGGACCCCUUGUGGCAGCAUCACUUGCAGCAGGUUAAUUUAAUGCACUGCAAGAAACAUCACAUGUUCAUAAAGGUGACAUUAUCUAUGAACUUUCUCAAAUAAAUAGCCUUUAUAAUAUCGGUGGGUCACACUUCAGUGGCUCGGUUAUUUGGGGGGAUGUAGGCUGAGAAGUUUGGGAACCUCUGAACUAGAAGGAUGUCUGUUUUCUAUUGAAGAUUUGAUCAACUGUAAAGUUAACUUAAAUCCUGACAAGCCCUGUGACUAGACAUGGACGAGCUUUGUAGUCAACACAUUUGUUUGUCUUGAAAGAUGCGUUAACUUUACUUCUACGUUAUCUUCCUCUGUUGCACCAUUAUUAUAGCUACGCUUAUAAUUCUAAUGCUACCUAAUUUUGUUUCCUGAAUAUUUGCAUUUUUUUAGAGGCUUAAGCUCUGUUUCGUGGAGCUUGUUAAAAACGUCAGCAUACCACAUCUACUUAUCUAUAAUCACAUAUUCAAAUAUUUGUUUUUAAUUAGUGUUCAAAUUCUUUAACUCAGUGAUACGUUUUUUUUAAUUCAGAGUAUAUAUGUGCUGGUAGUAGAUCUUUCUGAAUAUGAAGCUCUUCAACACUAUUCAACAUGCUGUAUUUUUACACUGAACAGUUGACAGUGUUUCUGUCCCUGCCAAGUGCUCAGCACCUUAUCUUGUUAAGGUGUUACUCCACGUUCAGAAUCUUUUUACAUUAAACUGUCACAGCUUAUUCCUGUAUUUCCUUUUGCAGUAAUUUCAUAUUUUCUGAGUUAAUACGUACAUUUUUGUCACUCACUGCCGUUCAUUGAAUAGUCUCCCUCUGUGUGCAACUAGGAAGUUCCCUCAUUUUUGCACUACAGCAGCUUUAAGGGCAUUAGACACUUAGACUCUUAGUGAGGACGUCAUUGUCGGCAAGAUGAGUGCCGUAACCAUGGUUACUGGUCAUUUGACAGUGCCUUGCUACUGACUCACUUAAUAAUUUAUACUCACAUGUACAAAUGUGUUUCUUGCCCCCAGGUGCGGUAAUGGUUGGUAUUCUGCAAUAUACAGUAAUAGCUAUGCAGCAAAACAUACUCCUUUCAGUUCAGUGUUUUUAAAUGAGCAGUGUUUGAGAGUUUUUCACAUUCUUUGAUAUGCAGAACUGUAAGAUCAGUUUAGGCAAUUUUAGUUUGCAGCAUUUUACAUUAUGGUGUUCUAAUGUAUGCUUUACAUUUAUUUUAUAGUGCACUGCCUGUAAAAGCUAGAAUCUGAUGUUUUGAUUGUGUCUCAAUCCUCCGACUAGCACUUGGAGAAAUCUCAGUUUUUAUAAUUCUGUCCAUUCUUUUUCUUUCUCUACAACUGCUGAUAUGGUCGACGUUAAAGUCGGCGCGUGUGUUUCGUGCGAUCUUGGGAAGUGCAGCAUUGAAUACAAAGUGUUUUGGAUGAAUAGUUGUCGAGAACCUGACCCAAAUCCUGCCCAGUCAUUUGUCAUCUGUGUAGAAUUAAAGAAGGAAUCGGUGGUGUUUCUUCAUCAGAGAAAAGCUCUACAAAUUGCAAUUCAUGGGAUCCUCAGCAACACAGCCACCAACUUUGAAGUCAUUUGGAUGAUAACUCAAAAUACAGACAGACACAUAGAACGUGUUGUUUCUGUAGCAGACAGCUGACUUUUGAAUCAAUAAACAUGGUCGCUGUGAUUUGACAGGUAUUGAUGUGCACACGAGUUCUAAUUCUCUGAAUGGUAUAUUAGCUGUAAGCCUGUAUUUUCAUCAUAGUACCUGUGUUUAAGUUUGACACGAUACAUGCUGUUAAAUUUUUUGUGCACAAUUCCCUUUAAUAAACUGCUGUUGAAAUUUAAGAA